AGUCUUUUUAAAAAGUCAUUUAUUCCUUGAAAAGAAAGGAAAGGAAAGGUAUUUUGGUUUGAGUAGUAAUAGUCUAAACGACAACGUUUAUUUUGAAUUAAAAUUGCAUUUCCAACGUUUCCCCCGGAGUAUCUCGUCUUGCACCGGCUAUGGCUGUACCAAGGCUCUUAUUCUCCCAUAUCCGCCGUUCUCGUCCUCUUUGCUCUCUGUCUUACUGGCGCCUCUCUAACCCUAACCUUAACUGCUCACAAUCUCCGACUCCCUCUCACAAAUUCGCUAAUUCACUAGCCGCUUUUCAUUUUCUUGACUCUCGAUCCUUCUCCUCUCCUUCGAACCACGACGGUUCCGACUUUCUUGCCAACUCAGCUGCUGAGCCGUCAUCAAUAGUUUCCGAUGUUAUUGAGACCGUCGGUAAUAUUACUACCAAUGGUGGCAACGAAGAGUCAAUUCUUCCGGUUCGAGUCUUAGUUUCGGUUCUUGAUGAAUUUCAUGAUCUCAGUGGUUUGCCCUGGUGGUUAGUUAUUGCAUCAGCUACAGUAGCUAUGAGAGUUACUUUGUUCCCUUUACUUGUUUUGCAACUUCACAAGUUGAAAAAGAUAUCUGAGCUAUUUCCUAAAUUGCCUCCUCCAUUCCCACCACCUUUGUCAGGGAAAAGCUUUGUUGAUCAAAUUUCACUCUUUCACAAGGAAAGACGAGCACUUGGCUGCCCUUCAUAUUUAUGGUUUCUUGCAUAUGUCUCUGCACAGGUACCAUGCUUUCUUUUGUGGAUGACCAGUAUUAGAAGAAUGUCUCUGGAUCAUCAUCCUGGAUUUGAUUGUGGCGGCACUCUAUGGUUUCAGAAUUUGACUGAAUAUCCUCAUGGUAUUGCAGGCCCCAUCUUCCCUUUACUGAUUGCAUGUUUGCACUAUAUUAAUAUUCAGCUCGCUUUUGAGAAAUUUUCUGUUCAAAAAACAACUGGACUAUUAAGCUUACUGGCAAAGUACUACAAGUUGUAUUUGGAUCUUCUCACACUGCCUUUAUUUUUCAUUGGAUAUUGCAUUCCACAGGGAAGUCUGGUAUAUUGGGUCACCAAUAGUUCAUUAAGUGUUAUCCAGCAAAUGUCUCUCAAACAUCCUGCUGUUCGUGCAAAGUUAGGGCUACCAGCUAAAGAUGCUCCUGCAGCUUCUGCAGAUUCUGAAGAAAUGGGUUCGCCACAAGCAUCUCUGGAUGCACCAAGCAAAAAUGGAAAAGUUCCUGUCGAAAAUUUAAACCCUAAGCAACUGCUUGCCAUCUCAGUCCAACUUUUAUCCAACCAGCAUAGAGAAAGAGCAAUUCCUUUGUUGCAGUUGGCACUUCAGAAGGAUCCUAACUACAUAGGAGCUCUGGUUGUUAUGGGGCAGACUCUGCUGCAAAAAGAAAUGUAUGCAGAGGCUAGAGACCAUUUGGAGCGUGCUAUUUCCAAGCUAUUUCUUGCUGGAAAUCCAACAGAAGUCAAAGAUGUUGAUCUCCUGAUUCUUGCAUCUCAGUGGGCUGGUGUUGCCUGUAUACGACAGGGGGAGAAUGCAGAAGGAGUUGCCCACUUUGAAAGAGUUGCAAAUUUGGAAGAGCCAGAGGACCCAAAAUGCAAAGUCCAUUACUUCGACACUUUGAUUUUUCUUGCAAGUGCUUUGUACAAUGAAGGUCGCAAAGCUGAAGCUGCAAACUAUCUGCGGCUAGCUGUUGCUUUUAAUCCUGCUUUUAAAGAACUGUUGGAACAGUGUGAAAAUGACGAGGAGUUUGGCAGUGACCUUGUCAACAGCAGGAGAAGAGAUUAUUAACCUACUGCAAUUAUACGAAAUAGCUAUUUGUUUCUUCAUUCUUUUCUUGAUGCGAUUCUUGUUAAGUCUGUACCCUAAAAUAAUUCCAAGAUUAAAAAUUGUAUCACAUAGCAUGAAAAAUUUUGAGGUUUCCCAUCUUUCAUGGUAAUGUACAUGUUCUUAUUUUUA